CCAGCCUUUGCUUUUCAACAUGUCUCUGUGGACUGCUUGUGAUGGGAACAAAUAGAAGGGGCCUUCUUCUAUGGCCUUCUGACAGAUGAUCAGCAGACUAUGGUGGUGUGGUUUUGCGUCAAAGAGUUGAUCAACUUAGAACAUGCAUGCCGAUGCUAAACCUUUUUAAAUGAAUUUUGAGAAGCAUAAUCACUAAACCGAAUUGAGCACCGACAAGGUUUUUGUGUUAUCAAAUAAUCGUUGUCGUCUUCCCCUCUUCCCCCAAAAAUCCGUUUUCGCCUUCUUUCUUUCACUUGUUUCAUAAUUACUUUAACACCAAAAACGAAAUGUCGCGGUCACCAACAACGGAAUCGCAACGCUCGGUGGCCUCGUACCCCGUUACGCCUACGCCCGGAAAACUAAGAAUUCAAAUACACAACUGUUACCUCAAUAUACCUGUGAAACGACCGUACAUUAUAAUCACUAUGGGAGAACAAGCAUUUGAAACGUCGGUAUCCGAGUAUCCACAAGGUCGUUGGCACGAAAGCUUCGAGUUCACCGUCAGCUUUCAUGCCCAGCUCUUCAAUACGAUCCAGAUGGACCUGUACGACUCGUAUAUGCUUUUGCCUGACAAGCACGUUGGACGAGCUGAAAUUCGACUACGCAACCUGCGAGGUAUGCCGCAUACAUUUACAAACUACUAUGAAGUGUGGGACAAGCAGCUAUCAACAGGCGCCAGCUCACGGGUGGGACGAGUGAAAACCAUGGCAUCCAACGUUGGUGCGGUGCAAGCAAUGAUCUCCUACAUUUAUCAAGAAGCAGACGGCAUUGCUGCUGCUGCCACAACAACACCAACAACAGAUCACCAACAGAAAAAUGGAUCAUCGUCCACGUCAUCAGAUAUGGCUACAAGGGAGAAUCUGCGAUCAAUCAAAAACAAUACCAUGAAGUCCAACGGUGCGUCUGAUGAUCAACUUGCCGAUGAAUUCCGUCGCCAUGUCAAGCAACAGCGAGAGGCAAAAGCUAUCAGUUUUCGCAAGUACGAAGAAAAUAAUAAUGACGACAAAGAAUCCAAUAAGCCGCUGCUGGACGACGGUUUGGAUUUCCCUGAUGAAAGUGAGACGGAAGACGACGCGGAUGGCAGCGAUCUUGGAUUGGCACAGUUACGGAUACAUAACUCGAAUCUCAAAUCUAAAAAGGAGCAGGAACAAGAGGGCUCCAAGUCGAAAACCAGUACUAUCACGACUAGCAGAAAUACAGCACCAGCAUCCCCCACGAAACAAGGAUCAUCAUCGUCUUCUUGGUUUAGUCUUACUCGCAGAGCUACCCACAAACGCUCAUCGUCGUCUUCCAUCAACUCCUCAGCAUCGUAUAGCCGUCUGGAGUCGCAUGAACCGGACCCACCGCCGUCAAAGGACAAUGCAGAGUUGGCAAAUACCGUCAAUGUGCUAGCAGACGAUGAAGGGAGCUUGAAGCCAUUCCCUCUCUUAAGCGCGAUUGGCUCAUGGACAACAAACAAGGAAACUAACCAAGUUUUACGGGCUAUCCUCAAAUUACUCGCUGCGUUUGGUCAAGGCUUUGAAUUAUCCAACAUCCAGAUCUUGACAGGGUUUUCAGUACUGGAAAAGUUUUAUGCCAACUUGCCACGUGAUCGCACGUGGGAUGUCAUCGAAGAUCUGUCCGAGAUCGAGCUACCUGCGUACUUUUGGAAAUUUUCAGUCGCGUCAUAUGGAUGGAAGGGUCUCAAUUUUUUUGGAAAAGGCAACGGGUAUUUUUCGGAUGCUAUGCGCGAUCACUCGGAUGCGCUUUCGAUCAUUGAACAUCUGUCUAUUCCAAAAGAGGAUCUUCUUGCAUACGAGUUUCGAAUGGCUAGUGCAUUCAGGCCAAGUUAUUACAUUGCCCUAGACCGUCCCACCAAUUCAAUCGUUCUUUGUAUUCGGGGUACUAUGAGCGCAUUUGAUGCAAUGACCGAUCUUGUGUGCGAAUACGAGCAGUGGAAGGGUGGUUUAGUGCACAAAGGCAUGAAGUCGGCUGCUACUUGGUUCUUCCGUCACGUUGCUCCACAGUUAGUUGCUUACUGUAACGAACACUCGACGAAUGCAUUGUAUAUAGUGGGGCACAGUCUUGGCGCUGCCACAGCAUCUAUCUUGACCAUCAUGUUAGUCGACUUCAUAGACGAGUUCAAAGGUGCUCACUGUGAUGAGUUCACGCUUAAAUGUUUUGGUUAUGCUCCAGCGUGUGGUCUCAGUCUUGAUAUCUCUGAACGGUACCAGGAUUAUAUCCAAUCCAUUGUUUUUGCAAACGACGUUGUCAGCAAGUUGAGCUAUGGCUCCAUGAUGGAUGUCAAAGAGCUGGUGUUAGCCAGUGCGGAAGCAGCUCGAAAUCUUGGAUUUAGCCAGCUGCUUUGGACAGAUAAGACGGAGGGAAAAGAAUGGGAAGAUGCUUUUACUCGCAUCGGAGAAGCACGACGGCGAUGUUUGGAAUCACUGGAAAAUCCACGGGAUCCUGCACCACGUGAUGAUACGAGGAUUGUUAUUGAACGAACAGAUCCGAAACGAGUAUCCAGCGAAAUCAUUAUCCGGCGAUCUAUUAUCCUUGAUCACUUACCUACAAAUUUUGAUCUGGCUUUCCGUCGAGCCCGUGAAGCUCUGAUGUUGCAAGAUACUGCUUCGAGCCAUCGUCCAUCGAGUGAGAGCGGUGUUUUGGAGAGCACUGAGCAGGAGAACCCAGCAGAAGCUGAGGCAUUAAAGCACACCACUACGAAGCAUGAGGGUGCCUAAGUAAUUAACGUGACAAGUCUGCACAUAUUGCUACAUAAACCCACCAAUAUCUCCGUGUACUUAUAUAAAUAUCAAUACAUAGUAUUCCCCAACUACCUGUUUGCUCACUUAUUUUAUCAUGUAAAUCAAAGUCUCAUUUCUAGCACAUAUAUUAUUCUACAUACAAGACACGCCGAGUUCCAAUAAACCAAUCAAGUAA